UCCCUUCCUUCUUACCUUAAGGAUGACCUAGUUUGGUUUCUUCUUCCAAUUCAGCUGUGUAAUGGUGACACCUUGUGGCAGAUUUUAUAUCUUGUCAUUUUUCUGGUCCCAGUUGGCCAUCAUUGACUCUCCUGAGUAAGGUUCUUAGGAUUCUGCUACCCACCUCCAGGGUGGCACUGAUAAAGUCAAGCAACAUUUGAUGUGUGUGGGCAAGCAUCCAGAGGACAGAACACUAAGCUUAAGGCAAAAGCACUCAGAAGAGACAUCAGAAGAGUGGAUAGGGAAAAGGCUGAGGACAGAGUGGUUGCCACAGGGAUGAGACUAUGGGCAGUAUGAGGUAUAUCACCUAUUGGGUUUCCUUUCCUGUAGUCAGCACUGAAACUGCCUCCCCAUUACCAAGUCCUGAGCAAGGCAAAACCAUACAGCUACUGUCUGGUUCAGACACAAAAUACCUCAAGUGCGGGUUUCUGGCUGUGAAACUCCCAUUGGAUCAAAAUAGUUCACCAAUAUUGUAAUUGCUAAACAAAUACUUGACCAUUAUAAAACAACCACAACAGAGAUAAAUAAGGUAAAAAGUAGUAUCCCUAGCUGGUGCUGAGAUGCAUGAAAAGAACUAUAUCUCACACUUAACCCUGAGGUUCAUGUGUGCCUAUUUACAUACAUGUGCACACACGCACAAGCACAUAUACUUGCAAACAUCACACACACACACACACACACACACCAAAUUAAAAAAAAUUUGGUUGCUUCCAAUGUUUGGGGAUUACACAUGAAGCUGUUAUACUACCUAUGUGCUGGUUUUUGUGUAUAGUGGUAAAUAUCUAGGAACUCAAAUGCUGAUUUUUUUUUAAACAGUCUUAUGUAGCCUUGAAUAGUCUUAUAUAGCCCUGGCUAGUCUUCAACUUAUUACAUAGCCAAAGUAUGAUCUUGAACUCCUGAUCCUCCUUCCUCUAACCACUAGGUGCUGGAAAUACAGUUGUGUGCCAUCACAUCUUAUAAGACUUUGUUUAGUUCAGUAAGAAACUGUCGAACUAUUUUCCAAAGUAGCUUUAUUAUUGUUCAUUCCCACCAGCAAUGAAGGAGAUGUGCUGUUGCUCUACAUCUUCACCAGCUUUCGGUGAAUUAUACGUUUUAUAAAUUUUGGCUGUUCUAACAGGUGUGUAUUGAUAUCUUAUUGUUUUAUAAAUCUGCAAUUACUAAUGACACAUGAUGUUGAGCAUCUAUUCAUAAUGCUCAUUUGCCAUCUGUAUAUUUUCUUUGCUGAGAUGUAUGUUCAUAGUGUUUGCCCAUUUCUAUUUGUACUGUUUGUUUUCUUAUUGUUGAGUUUUAAGGAUUCUUUAAAAUCCUUUAUCAGAUAUGUGUUUUGAGACUAUUGUUUUUCAGUCUGUUUCUUAUCUUUUUAUUCUCUUAACAGUAUAUUUUAUAGAGAAAUGAUGCCAGUUUUUUAAAUAUUUAUUUUACUUUUAAGUAUGUGUGUAUGUGUGUGUGUGUGCACCUGACUGCAGGUGACAGCAGAGGCCAGAUGCAUCAGAUUCCUGUGAAGGUGUUACAAGCGGACUUGGGUGCUGGGAGAUAAACUUGGGUAAGAUCUGUCUCUAUUAGUUUUACCUGUGGAUGUGUAAUAAUUCCACCAUCUUUUGUUGAAAAGAUCAUCCUUCCUCCGUUGAAUUGUAUUUGUUCUUUUAUCAAAAGUGAGUUUACUAUAUUUGUAUGGAUCGAUCCUGGGCUUUUUAUUUGAUACCAUUAAUUUAUCCCUGCCCUUAUAUGACAUUUGAUUACUGUAAUUUUAAUAGUAAGUCAUGAAACCAAAUGGUGUCUGGCCUGUACUUUUGUUCUUUUCCAUCAUUAUUGUGUUAUCUAUUUUGGAAUAUUUUGCCUUUCUACACAAACUUUAAAAAAUUGUAUAAUCAUUUAUUUUUCAUUCAUACCACAAUCCACGGCGGGCUGAGUGACUCUCUUACAGAUGCUGACUCAGGAAUUCACGCUCCUUCCGUCUUGACAGUACUUUCUCCAACAUGUACCCUCCAUGCUGUGUGGAGGAGGUGUGCAAUCACGAUGAUACAGAACAAGUUUCCGGUUCUCACUCAAAACUGGAAGAACAAAACUCAGAACAAUCUCAACAGGUAGCCCUUAAAGGUCACUUAGACUGUUGUCUAUUUUGUAGGUUUGUCUGAAGUGGUCAGGAGAACUGCUCAAGGAUUUCAAAGUGCAAGUGUGCAGAUGGCCAUCCCCUGGGCCAGGUGGUCUGGCAGCGCCAGGGCCGGAAGUCAUUUGCGUUGUAAUUCCUGCAGACGUGGGCACCCAAUCUAUCACUGUUUCUUCACUCCUGCCUUUUCUACUGUGGGAGCGGUGUCCUUGUGCCUUCUGCAGACAAAAGACUUUCUCCCGCCAACAUGCCCGCAUCCUCUCAUAUCACUAGGACGGGGACCUACUUUGAGACCACGUAUUGGCCACUGACGGAGGGACCCACCAAAGCAUUUAAACCAGGGUGUGAAAAAAAAAGACAGUCUUGCUUGAUUGUAAUCUUGAACAUGGGCGGUGCUGUGAGUGCUGGUGAGGACAACGAUGAGCUCAUUGAUAAUUUGAAGGAAGCCCAGUACAUCCGGACGGAUUUAGUAGAGCAGGCUUUCAGAGCAAUCGAUCGAGCAGAUUAUUAUCUUGAAGAAUUUAAAGAAAAUGCGUACAAAGACUUGGCGUGGAAGCAUGGAAACAUUCAUCUCUCAGCCCCGUGCAUCUACUCGGAGGUGAUGGAGGCUCUGGAUCUGCAGCCUGGGCUCUCAUUUCUCAAUUUGGGCAGUGGUACUGGCUACCUCAGCUCCAUGGUGGGCCUCAUUCUAGGUCCUUUUGGUGUAAACCAUGGGGUGGAGCUUCAUUCAGAUGUGACUGAGUAUGCGAAGCAGAAACUGGAUGUCUUUAUCAGAACAAGUGACAGUUUUGACAAAUUUGACUUCUGUGAACCUUCCUUUGUAACUGGCAAUUGCCUGGAGAUUGCUCCAGAUUGUUGUCAGUAUGAUCGUGUGUAUUGUGGAGCUGGUGUGCAGAAAGAACAUGAAGAGUACAUGAAGAAUCUUCUCAAAGUUGGAGGGAUCCUUGUCAUGCCCUUGGAAGAGAAGUUGACCAAGAUAACACGCACAGGCCCUUCUGCUUGGGAAACAAAAAAGAUUCUGGCCGUUUCCUUCGCCCCUCUGGUCCAACCCUGCCGUUCGGAGUCAGGACAGCCUAGACUUGUCCAGCUACGCUCUGCCCCUGUCCACAGCACCACUGGCCGUGCGCAGCCUGCAGGAUCUGGCCCGGCUUGCUAUCCGUGGCAGCAUCAAGAGGGCUAUGCGCCAGGAAGCCACCAGAGGAGGUGGACUGAAGAGCACACCUAUGUUUAAAAGAAGGCGACUUCGUCGCCGGCGAAUGGAAACCAUUGUCUUUUUGGACAAAGAGGUCUUUGCCAGUCGAAUUUCCAACCCCUCUGAUGACACCAGCUAUGAAGAUGCAGAGGAGGAUCGGCGGG